GGAGUCCGACACGGUGGCAGCGGCGCGGGACAGCUUCUUCGCACAGGUGGCCAAGAUCAUGGCUGAGCACGACCGCAUCGGCAAGGAGCACGCUCGGCUGCGCGCCGCCAAGAAGGCGCGUCUGUCACAGGAUGGGGCAAAGGCUGACGCGCCGCAGAAGAAGGAGGACCCAGUCGCCGAGAAAUCCCGCAGGCCGGUAAAGGCGCCGGUCGAGGCACCCGUCGUCCCGGAGGCUCCAGCUGCCAGCCCCGUCGAGGAGGCCCGCGAGGAAGCAAGGGCUUCCAUCCUGCCGGCAGCGACGCCCACGGGCAGGAGGAACUCUCGUACGAGGGCGCGGGCGGGGCUGCUGCCGGCAGCGGCGCCUUCCACCACGGAGGCCGCGGCCGAGGAGCCCACCACCGAGCAGGCGAUCGCGGAGGAGUCCACUUCGGAGGCUUCGGAGGACGAGGCGACCACGACGACAGUGCCGCCCCCCGCUGAGGAGAAGGAGGAGGUCACGACUGCGGCGCCUUCCCGGAGGAGGGGCUCGAGGGGAAGGGGCUCCCGGAGAGGAGGGCGGCAGUAAAUUCGCCGCUGGCGCCGCCGCCAAACCUCAGCAAGAGCGGGAUUUCCAAGAUCGUCAUCAUCUCAGUCUCACAUGUCCAGCAGCCACCACUGUGGCAGGGCUUGCACCAUGACGGCGAGGUUCGUGCGGUUAUACUCGCCCCUCGCCCGCCUUUGUGCAAUGCCCUCGGUGUCCUCCACGUUCCCCGACUUUCUGUCGUGACAUGAGCAUGCCUCCUAUGCCAAUACAGUCGUCUGCGCUGCUAC